AUGUCUGUGGCUGUGCUUGGCGCCCUGAUAAAAAUUAAGCUGAUCAUUUAUUGCUUUAAGAGACUCCUACUGUUUAACAAAUACAAGCACAUGCAACUAGAAAAACAGAAAAAGACUAGGAAGAAUAAAUUAGAAAGAGCCGCAUUAGCAGCCGGGGGAGGGGCACUUGAGGAUUCCGCUUCAUAUGAUGGACCCGUAAAGAAAAACCUCCAAACGAAAACCGUUUAUUUUAUUAGACAUAGUGAAUCAAUAUGGAACAGCUUGUUUAACAAGAAGUUAACAACCAAGAAUUUUUUAAACAUUCUUCUUAUGUUUUUCUACGAAAUAUUUUUUAUAUUCAGUAGAAAGUCCAGUUUAAUUGAUUCUCCAUUGAGUAAAUCUGGUAUACAGGAAUCCAUCGAAUUGUCCAAAUUUUUAAAAGAAAGCAUAAAUGAUAGUGAAAAUGCCGAUUUGCUUGUGGAAGAAAGGCUUAGACAGUUGGAGUACCUAGAUAAAGCCACGAAGGAGAUUGAUACCUUCUAUGGUAAACUAUGUAAUGGUGAUUUUGAUGCUGUUACCAUGGAAGAAGAAAGCUACGUAAGUAUUUGUAAUGAUUUUUAUUGUAGAACUACUGAGGAAGAAAUGAAUUAUGCAAAAAUUUGUGAUGGGGAUGAAGAGCUAUCGGAGUUAGAAGAGCAUUUUAAAGAUAUUUGUGAUGGAUACUUUGAUGGGUUACUAUACAAAGGAGCUAAGUUCGUGCCUCGUCAAAUUGCAGGAGAUGAUGAUUAUGUCUCGUCAGACGAAGAUAAUCAAGAAGAAUCAUCAUCAUCAGGAGAUGAUCAUCCUUUUAAAGAUUCAAAAUCAACCAGUUCAGAUUACACAGCUCAAAUGACACAAAAUAUUGAUUCUCAAGGAAAUACAGAUUCUUGGACAAAUACUAAUGGAAGAAGACACAGAAUCAGAGCCAUACCGGAUAUUAUCGAUUCAUCAUAUGGAUAUUCCAUUCCUAAUCAAGUUCCGGUGACUGAUUCUACUUGUAACCCAGUCACAGUGCCUGAUUCUAUGCCCAAUACAACAGAAAUAUCAGAUUGUCUACCCAAUACAACAGAAAUACCAGAUUCUCUACCCAAUGUACCUAUUAUGACUGGCUCCCAGCCGAAUGUAUCCAUUAUGCGAGGUCCAACAACUGGGAUGCCACAAUCGAUGCCUCCUUUAGACAAUCAUACACAGAUAGCAGAUUCUUACAUGAAUGUAGCGCAAAAUAUGCCCGCCCCCAUGGCCACGACCCCAACGGGAGGCUCAGCCACGAGCUCGCCUCCCAUGCCAAUAGAUCCCCUUAUGUCGAACGGAACAGGGAUUAUGCCCGUUAAUGUGCAACAUCACCAGGCACAAAAAUGUGAAGGGCGUAAAAAAAAAAAAGAUAAACUCAAAAAGGAGAAAAGGAAGAAAAAAGGAAAUAAACAAAAAAAUGAAUGUAGAAAAUGCAAAAAAGAUGAAACCACAGUGGACGAAUUGGAAACUGAAGAAUGUAAAGAGAAAUGUAUUUUUGGCGAGGAGGGUGAUAACAUAGAUGAAAAAAAAUUCAAAGAUAAUGACGAAGGAGUUAAUCACGAUGAUGAAGAGCACGAUACGAUAACUGAGACCGAUACAGGAAGUCUGGUGAAAGACAAAUGUAAAGAGCCCAUGGAGGAAACGCGUGAAUUGAUAUCUGAAAAAGACGAGACUUCCAGGAAGGGCGCACUCGCAGAUGCACCUCAAGAGAAUCCAACAAAAAAUUUUACACCUAAGAGAGAUACUAACACAGAGGCGACUCCACUCAAAGUAGAGGAACCCAACAUUAUUAAACCUGACGAUUGCAAAGUUCCACAAGCUGAUGAUACUGCGGCUAAGGGUCCUAUACUCGGAAGAUUUCGCAGACGAAGGUUGAUGGAUUCUACCAGUCAAAAAUCGACUUUAGGAGAAGAAAAAAAAAGCACCUCUAGCACGAUAGGCACCAAAAAAGGAAGUAAACGCAUCAGAGCCCUAAAAAUUCUGAAGAGAGGACAAGUGAAAUUAAAACCUUUGCGUAUUGGAAGGAGACCUCGUCGUACCAGCACUAAAUCCAGUCUCAAUAAUGAUGAUCUUAUUAAUAGCUUACGUAGUCUCGAUCUUACCACCAGUACCUCCAAUAUGAAUGAACAAUAUUCUGAUAUGUUGCAAAGUGUAUUUAGUGCUAGCAAUCAACUUAAGGAGCUAGGAGGCACGGACAACGAAGAAAAGGCAAAAAAUAAAUUAAAGAAGAAGAAGAAGAAGGAGGAGGAGGAGAGUAAAAGGAAAAAGAAGGAAAAAGAAAAAAAGAAAGAAAAGGAGGAUGUAAAAGACGAAAUGAAGGGGGAAGUAAAGGAGGAAGUAAAAGAAGACCUAAAAGAUGAUAUAAUGGAUGGUGUAAUGGAGGAUAUUAAGGAGGAUGUAAAAGACGAAAUAAAGGAGGAUGUAAAAGAUGACAUAAAUGAGGAAGUAAAGGAAGAAGUAAAGGAAGAGGUAAAGGAUGAAAUAAAAGAAGAAGUGAAGGAGGAAGUAAAGGAAGAAAUAAAGGAUGAAAUAAAAGAAGAAGUGAAAGAAGAAGUAAAGGAUGAAGUGAAUGGGAAAGUGGAUACAGUUGACAAAGGGGUGACGAAAGAAGACAAUGAAGGGAAGGAAGAAAUGACGGAAGAGGUGCCUGAGGAAAUGAAAGAGGAUGUAAAAAAUGAUGUAAUGGAUCAUGUUAAGGAGGAGGUGAACGAAGAAGUAAAGGAGGACGUCAAGGAGGAUGUAAUGAAUGAUGUUAAGGAGGAAGUCAAGGAGGAAGUCAAGGAGGAUGUAAAGGAUGAUGUUAAGGAGCAAGUAAAAAAUGAUAUAUUGUAUGAUGUUAAGGAGAAAGUAAAAGAAGAAGUGAAAGAAGAAGUAAAAGAAGAAGUGAAAGAAGAAGUAAAGGAGGAAGUAAAAGAAGAAAUAGAGGAAGAAGAAGAAAAAAAGGGAAUAAAAGUGAAAUGGGAAAAAUGGAAGAAAAAUAUGAAACACAUAAAAGAAGAUUUGAAGACAGAUCUAAAGAAGGAAAUGAAGGAUGAAAUAAGAGAUGAAAUAGAAGAAGAGGACAUAGAAGAAAUAAAGGAAGAAGAAAAGCGAAUAAAAAGGAAAUGGAAAAAAUUGAGGAAAAAUAUGAAACAAGUAAGGGAUGAAGCCAAGGAUGAUCUAAGCGAUGAACUGAAGGAAGAAAUAAAAGAUGAAAUAGAAGAAGAAGAAAUGGAAGAAGAAAAAAGGCGAAUAAAAGUGAAAUGGGAAAAAUGGAAGAAAAAUAUGAAACAAAUAAAAGAGGAUUUGAAGACAGAUCUAAAGAAGGAAAUGAAAGAUGAAAUAAAAGAAGAAAUAGAGGAAGAAGAUAUAGAAGAAGAAGAAAUGGAAGAAGAAAGAAAAGGAAUAAAAGGGAAAUGGAAAAGAUGGAAGAAAAAUAUGAAACACAUAAAAGAGGAUGUGAAGACAGAAGUAAAGAAGGAAAUGAAGGAUGAUGUAAAGGGUGAUGUAAAGGACGAAGUAAAAGACGAACUAGAGGAUAAUGUAAAAGAGGAAGUAAAGGAAGACGGAAUGAAUGAAGAAGUAAAGGAAGACGAAAAGGAGAAGGUGGAGGAGCAAGAAAAUGAAAAGGAAGAAAAAGAGAAAGAAGAAGAAAAAUCAGAAGAAAACUCGAACAAAAUAGAUCUCUCCGGAGGAGAAGAUAAUAUAGCACCCGAAAUUCUUGAUGAACAAUACAAAUCAGAAAAUUUGUUUAAUAUGAGUAUAAAAGAACACAUCGAUGUUCUUAAUAAUACCAAAUAUAAAAGUGUUGUGUUGUGUUCAGAUUUAAGAAGAGCCAUUACAAGUUGUUUCAUUACAAUGAAGGAUCGACUCAAAACAUCUGGUGAAAAUGUAUAUAUGCUGGAAUCACUACAGGAACUUAGUAGAAAUGCAGACUCAAUUACCUUGUUCAAUUUAUACCAUAAGUAUGUUACCCCCACGAAUAAGAAUUACGUCAGUCAAGAUGUUGAAGCUUUGAUAAACGAGAAAGUUAAAAUGACUCAAAAAAAACACGAAGGUAGUUUCCAGGAUACACUCUCAUACAUUUUUGGUGAUCCAAAUAAUAUCUUUAUCAUUUUUGGUCACAGUUUGUGGUUUUUAAGCUUCUUUAAAACCUUUUUAAAUGGACCACACAAGGCAAGAAAUCACAAAAUGAGAAAUUCCAGUGUUGUCGUAUUUAACCUGAGCAAAUAUGAAGAUGAGCACGGAGAGGAACAUUAUGAAAUUGACCACGACAGUGUUAAGGUUGUUUUCAAGGGUUUCGAGAAGAAGGUCUACAGUAAGGACUAG